ACUGUCGAAACAAGAAGCGUUCCAGCAGUUCCAAUGGCCGCAUACAUCCCAGUAGAAAACUUCACUUCGCUGACAAAAACAAUGAAGUGAAGGAUCCCCAAGUCACUUUAGUGGUGGAACUACUAAUCUUAGCACACACCUGAGUCGUCAUCACAAAAUUAUUGCACAAAGUGGUAAAUCUUUGACUACUUCAUCUACACAGAAUAAAGUACCAAUGCUCACACAAACCAUACCGAGACAACGAAAUAUAAAACUACCAGCGAAAGACAUAAAACUGUCACUAAAGCUAUCGGCAGAUUCAUAGUUAAAGAUCUCCGACCUUUCAGCAUCAUGUCAAACGAAGGUUUCAAAGAUAUGAUUGAACAACUUGAUCUCAAGUACGAGUUGCCAUCACACACUUAUUUCGCUGAAACUGUCGUACCUAACAUGUACCAGGAAUGUCGUGCUUAUGUUAUUUCUAGUCUCAAGAAUGUCCCAGUAGCACUCAUGACUGAUGGAUGGACAAGUAGAGCAACCCAGUCUUAUGUUACUAUAACAACUUCUCACAUCACCGAAGACUGGAACCUUAAAUCAUUCGUUCUUCAAACUAGAGAAUUACCAGAGAGCCAUACAGGUGUAAACAUUGCCCAAGUUUUAACUGACGCAAUUUCUGAAUGGGGCCUUAACAAGAACCCUCCUUUGGUCACUGAUAAUGCGGAAAAUAUGGAAGUUGCAGCGAGAGAGGCAUGUUGUAUUCCUCAUAUUGGAUGCUACGCUCAUACACUCAACUUGGCAGCGCAAAAGGGCCUUAAGGUAAACGCUGUGUCACGAAUUCUUGCUCGUGUACGGCACGUCGUAUCCUUUUUUCACCGUAGUACGACUGCUACAGCUUUGCUAAAAGAGAAAACUAAACAGCUAGGACUUAAAAAUGUUAAGUUACUGCAAGAUGUACCUACACGGUGGAAUUCUGCGUGUGAUAAGCUGGAGAGGUUUCUUGAAAUGCAGCCCGCAAUCUACGAUGUACUAGUGGCUAAAGAAAUUCAUAGCAAUGUGAAUGGCAUAUCAACAUUAUCUGAGGCAGAUAUCACGAUAGCAGAGGACAUUGUGGCGUGCCUUCUUCCACUGAAAGCAAUUACAACUGUAUUAUGCACAGAGAAGAUGCCUACUGUAUCUAUCAUUCUUCCACUCCAGAAGAAAUUGUUGACAAGUGUUCUGGUUUCUAAAGAGAUGGAUUCUGAUGUUAUUAAACAGAUGAAGAAGGCCAUGGCUUCUGAUCUGGAUAGCAGGUAUGCCAAUAAGCAGGAGUGUACUGUUUUGGAUCCUCAUUUUAAAGCAUCCUGUGUCACUACAGAGCAGCAACAUGAGGUGUAUGACAGACUUGCUACCGAAGUAGCUAGUUUGAAGCCACAACCUCAGUUACCUGUACCUGUGAAGGUGGAACCGAGCCAUCAACCCCAACAGUUACUGACCUACCAGCGUUACCAGACUUGCCAGAUGUUGAAUCAACUUAUUUACAGUCCGAUGUCAAACUAGUAGAUGAUGUCAAGUCUGUCAGUGCAAUCACGACAAAGAUUACUAGUGACCUCACUACUCAGUCUGGUUGUGCUAGUGGUGCUUUAGCCUCCAUUUUGGGUGAUGUUGUUUUUAUAAAGGAGGAGAUGUUACCUCAGAAAUCUAAUUUGGAACAGGCUAUAUUUGAGAUUGAUGUGUUCAAGGGACAGGCACUAAUACCAGUGUCAGAAGACCCAUUGGUAUGGUGGAAAGGACACCAAUGGCAGUUUCCCCUUCUCUCCCAGUUAGCAAGGAAACGGCUGUGUAUUCCAGCGACCUCUGUACCAUCCGAGCGUGUAUUCAGUACAGCUGGGGACAUUGUAACAGCACAGAGGGCCACACUCAAUCCUGAAGUAGUAGACAUGUUGAUUUUCUUGAAAACAAAUAUGGCCUAAAACAUUUAGC